CACACAUUUACAUGGCAACACACCACCUCCUCUUUAUUAGCACACAAUUUCUUGCUCAUCUUCAAUCCCCCAGUCAAGAGCAGCGUGCGUAAGAGGGAAACAAGAGAUGGAUGGUGGAAGCAGUGGUGUGGGCGCAGAUGGGAUCUGGAGGCCAUGGGACGAGCACACUAUGCUUUGCCUGAAGGAGAUGGAGUACGUGCGCCGGUUCCACCAGCAUGAGCUAGGCGCCAACCAAUGCACCUCGUUCAUCGCCAAGCACAUCAAGGCACCCCUCCAAACCGUUUGGUCAGUUGUAAGGAGGUUUGACAAGCCGCAAGUUUUCAAGCCUUUUGUAGAGAAGUGUGUGAUGCAAGGGAACAUUGAGCCAGGAUGUGUUAGAGAGGUCACUGUUAAAAGUGGGCUACCUGCUAAAUGGAGCAUCGAGAGGUUGGAGCUGCUCGAUGACAAUGAGCACAUCCUCAGAGUUAAGUUUAUUGAUGGUAAUCACCCAUUGAAGAACUAUUCAUCUAUUUUGACGGUGCACCAUGAAGUCAUUGAUGGCCACCCGGGAGCACUGGUGAUUGAGUCAUUUGUGGUCGACGUCCCAGAGGAGAACACCGAAAAUGAGAUUUUCUACCUUGUUGGGAACUUUCUCAAGGUUAACCACAAGUUGCUUGCUGAUGUGUCAGAGGGACGCAUCGAUGGUCGUGCACUAAACUAACGGUCCGUUAUUGGUUGGUUAAUGACCAAUCAAUUAGAUUGUUCCACCCAUGAAACUUCUCUAUCAAAUUGAAUGAGUACCCCCUUUCACUGUUGGGUUCA